AAAAAAAUUCACUUAUAUUUUAAUGGAAAUUAAUUAAAAGAAUUCCAAUCAAUACAGUAGUUUUUACUUUUUACUCAUUUCACUGUUCACAUUAAAAAAUUAAAAAUAGCCCGUACCCAACAAAACUAAAUAGCCACGGCCCACAACCAAUGACCCAAGCCCAAGGCCUUUAAAGAACUUUCACGAUCAAACUCCAACCUGCUGUGCUGAGUCACGCCCAAAUGCCGCUUUUUAUUUUUUAUUUUACUUUUUUUCUACUUCACUGAGAGCCAUAAAAAGAAAAAACAAAAUUGCUGCUAUAUAAUAUAUUCAACUCAAAGAAAAAAAGCAGCAAUUCUCAUCUCAUCACGCACUCUCUCUCUCUUUCUUUUUUGCUAUCUCUCUGAUUUUUAUUUAUUUUUUAUUAUUAUUUGGAUUUGCCCAGGCUCCCCAGCCUUUCUUUCUUUCUUUCUUUCUACUUAUUAUUAUUUUAUUUUUAUAAACAAUAAAGAAAUUUGAUGAUGAUGAUGAUGAUGAUGAUAUGUGUGUGAUUGUUUGCAUGUGGUCAUACAAUUAAAUAAAUAAAGAAGAUAGAUUGGAUUAGAUGGAGCAGCAGCAGCAACAGCAGCACCAUCUUCUACAUUUUAUCCAUCCCAACCAUCCCUUGCUCUUCAAUCCUGACCACAGAAGUGGAUAUCGUUGUCGGGGGUGCUGCGAACAAGUUUAUGGUCCUAGCUACAGUUGUAGAGAAUCAGGAUGCUAUCACUACACUCAUCAUAAAUCAUGUGCAGAAUUACCCCUUGGGUUGCACCAUCCCUUGCACCCAAUCCAUCCUCUUAUUCUCUUUUCUCCAUGGAGAUGGGCAUAUGUAGCUGAGGACAAACAAUUUUACAAAUGCGAACUCUGCAAAGAAUCCUGCGAAGAAUGUAAAGAUGUAUACAGUUAUCGGUGUUCCCGCUGUGACUUCAACCUUCACAUCACAUGCGCUUCUUUAGCCCCCACCACCAUGGAACCUGAAUUCCACCACCACCCAUUGACCCCCUUUUGGAAGUGGGUCAUCUUCACUUGCGACAUUUGCGGCAAAGAAGACAAAGACAAAGGUAUGCCCUAUAUGUGUCAACCAUGUGGUUUAUGGAUACAUAGAACAUGUGCUUCUUUUCCAAGCAGAGUCAAAGUUGUGCGUCACAAGCACCUCCUCCACCUCACCCAUUCUUCUCUUCAAUUCCAUCAACCCGACCCCCGAUUUUGCCAACUCUGUGUUCAAAAACUGGACACACGCUAUGGGCUUUACUAUUGCUCCAUAUGCGAUUUCAUUGCCCAUCUUGAUUGUGCUAUAUUCAAGGAAAACAGGGAGUAUAUAGAUUUGCAAAAAUUUGAAGAUGAGGAUGAAGUUCCAGAACUCGAUGAAUCAGUUGACUCAAUAACUUACAAAGUCAACAAAUUCAAUAUGGGGGAGGACGGAACUCAAAUAGCCAUAGAAAUCAAACACUUCAGUCAUGAGCAUGACUUAAUGCUUACUGAUGAGGUUUUAAAUAACCAAAAAUGCGAUGGUUGUGUAAGAGACAUUCUCCCUCCGUUUUAUAGUUGUGUAAAGUGUAGCUUUUUUCUUCAUGAAUCUUGUGUUAAAUUACCCAAAAAAAAGAAACAUCCACUUCAUCAACACCCACUCACCCUCCUCCCAAAGGCACCUUAUAUGCAUAAGUUGUUUUGGUGUAAUGCUUGUCGCCAAGGUUGCAAUGGCUUCACCUACAGUUGUAUUAUGUGCAAGUUUGAUCUCGAUGUUGAAUGUAGUUUGAAACCGGACGUCUUUACCCAUGAAGGUCAUAAGCAUCGACUUAUCCUCUCCAACACAGCACAUAGGCAGAAAUGCAAUUGUUGUGAUAACGAAAGAUACCAAGUAUUUCGUUGUACCACUUGUGAAUUUGUACUAGACUUUCAGUGUGCUACAUUACCACAGACCACAAGAUAUGGACAACAUGAGCAUCCCUUCACUCUCAGUUAUAGAGCUGAAGAUAACUCUGGUGAAUAUUAUUGUGAUAUCUGUGAAGAAGAACGGCGGGACUCAAAGUAUUGGUUUUACUACUGUGAAGAUUGCAAUUAUCCUGCUCAUCCAAAUUGUAUUAUUGGGAAAUACCCAAAUUUCAAGUUUGGAGGUGCUUACACAUUUGAUUGUCACUCACACCCUCUUACUUUCGUUGAGGAAACUAAAGACCGCCCUCAAUGUAACGAAUGUAAUGAUUCUUGUGAAGAGUUGAUCUAUCAAUGUGCUCAAUGUAAUUUCUACAUCCACCAGUAUUGUUUAUAAAAAGGAAAAAUGUGAUGUUAAUUUUUAUUUUAUACUAGAUGUAGUCCACGUAAGUUUUGGUGCACGGAAUUCAUUAAAUGAAAAUGCCGUAAUUCUUUUUCAAUGCUCUUUCUUGGCAUCAUUGUACCAACUCAUGCUUGUUUGUGUGUGGUCGUACCCUGCCUUGUCCACUUCUAUUAGAAACAAUGAGCUUGUUGAUAAUAGGAAUUUUCAGUUUUCAAUGUUUUAUGGUAGUACAUUGUUUAGCAACGGAAGUUGGAUUGCAGUGUGGAACAUAAAGUUCAGAGUUGAUGAACAAAUUCUAGAACUAAAAGGAAAACUUCUGGUAUCUCUUAUCAGCUGUGUAUGAAUACUUUAACCUCUAUUUCUAUUUCUAUGCAAUUUUGAUUGCAUUCAUUUUUCUUGAGCUCACAUUAAUUUUCUCUGUCUUCUUCUUCUGCAUUAGGUGAGCAUCUGUUAUUUUGAAGAGGGAAAUGAGCAAUUAGAGUCAAAACAUGAAUGCAAAGAUUCAAUAGCAUUUUAAUUUAUUAUAGCUUUACAUGUUUAUCAACAUCUUUUAUGUCAUUAGAUUUAGUCACUAAUAUUAUUACUAUUACUGUUAUUCUAUGAAAGCUCAAUUAUGCAUGAUUUAAUUAUCAUUGAUGGUGAGGUUGUUUUCUUUUGUUUUUUCUCAGCAUAAAUUUUAUACACCGUCUUAGUAAAAAUAUUGGCCUAGUAUUUUAAUUUGAAGGCACAGCAUGUACUUUGUAAAUAUUGAUGUUAAGAAAAUGGUGAUUUGGGAGCAACAAUUGUUAAUAACAUGGCUGGUUGAGUUAUAUAGUUUAAUUGAAUGUACUCCAAGUCCAAGGUAAUCUUCAAAACCUUUUUGGGCAAAGAGACUACAAAUCUUGUCUAAUAAGUUAAGGGCUUAGUUUAGAAAAUGUUGGUCAGGCCUUUCCUAGUUUGAAGGAUCUCAUUGUUACAUAUUUCUUCUAGUAUCGAUUCACUUAGUAUCAAAGAUGAAGUUCUUGAGCUUAUUAGUAUUGAUUCACUUAGUAUUAGGUAAAUGUUUCAAAUUGAAUGAAAUGGGUGUAUAUAUUUUUCUGAUUAUUAAGCACUUUCCAAAGUGAUACUAUAGUUGUUUGACACAUAUAGUACUUGAAAUUCAAAGAGCUAUGAUACUUAUCAAAAAAAAUAAUUCAAAGAGCUAUGAUUUUUCCUGUGUUAUUCAAGGUCUACAAUUGAGGUGAGUUGAAGUGCUCUCAUGUUAGCUUAUUUUGUAAUGAUCAAACACACAUGCUAUAAGAUGCUACACUUAUUUAUAUUGGGACCCUAUGUUCCUCUAUUUUGUUUUCUUUCAUUUACUUGUAUUUAAUUGAACUUCUUCAUGUAAUGGUUUCCUAUGCCUUGUCAUCUUGAAGGUCACUACUCUGGACAUUAGUAGACACAGGCUUAUUAUUAGCCAUUGCAAUUCUAAUUUUUGGACUGAGUGUUAGUUUGAUAUGAUUUUGAGGCACAAGUAAAAUAUAUACAUAAUAAAUUCC